AUGGAGGCCAUGAAAGACCAAAUGGCUGCCAUAAUGGAGGCCAUGUUGAGCAUGAAGAAAAUAAUGGAAAGCAAUGCGGCUGCAGUUGCCACUACGAGUGCCGCCACUGAGGUAGACCCGACUCACCUAUCGGGCCUCAACCAAGUAAAUCGUCCAACCUCAGACAUGGUAAGGCAGGGAGGCGAAGCGUUAGGAAUGGGAAGAGUCCCUCUUGCCAUGGUGGAAAGGGAAAAAUUCAAUCAUAUAGAGAAAAGGUUGAGAGCCAUUGAAGGAGACGAAGAUUAUGUCUUUGCUGACAUGGUAGAACUGUGUCUAGUUCUUGACGUCGUUAUCCCUUUGAAGUUCAAGAAAAUUGCUCAAGAGUCAUACAUAGCUAUGAUAACUGAGAUCAAUAUGAUUGGAGGAUCAGAUGGAUGGUGGGUAGACACUGGCGCCUCCCGCCAUGUCUGCUAUGAUCAUGCUAUGUUUGAUACAUACACGAAUGUUGAAAAUAAGAAAGUGUUGCUGGGUGAUUCCCACACCACUACUGUUGCUGGAACUGGAGAUGUUGAACUGAAGUUUACCUCUGGAAAGACUUUGAUUCUCAAAGAUGUGAUGCAUACUUCAGAGAUGAGAAAGAAUAUGGUUUCUGGUUUUCUUUAA